UUGUGUUUGCAGUAUAAUUAAAACUAUCAAAUAAUUACCUCAAUAUGACGGAGCACGAACCUGUACCCGGUGACGCAGAGAAAGACGUCAACAGACCUGUCGUCAGUAGCAACGAUGACAUCCCAAUACCAAGAGAAAAAUGGGCUCGAAAAACUGACUUUCUCUUGUCGGUUGCCGGUGGCUUCGUGGGACUCGGAAAUGUUUGGAGAUUUCCUUAUUUGUGUUACAAAAAUGGAGGAGGUGCUUUCCUUAUUCCAUAUUUGAUUUUUAUGAUCGCUGGCGGAAUACCGAUCUUCUUUCUUGAAGUUGCUUUGGGGCAAUAUAUGUCCGAAGGAGGCGUCACGAGUUGGAGAUUGGUUCCAAUUGGCAAAGGAAUCGGUUACGCGUCCAUGGUGAUUGUUAGUCUUCUCAACAUAUACUACAUUGUGAUACUGGCGUGGGCUGUCUUCUACUUGUUCCAAAGUUUCACGGCAGAUUUGCCGUGGGCUGAUUGCGGACAUUAUUGGAACACUCCAUGCUGUCUCGAACGUCCACAAGAUAUAUAUUUGUGGACUAAUGCAAGCAGCUCUUUCAACAAUACCACGCCAGUACCGCAAACCAAUUCCUGGUCAACAGCAACCACGGCGACCUGGACCAAUUCAACGGAGGCCCUGUUGCCAGAUUACAACUUCACGCUGUGCGGGGAAAACUUCACCACACCUGAAACCGAAUUUUGGGAACGAAGAGUGCUAGGAUUGUCUUCAGGACUUCAUGAAAUAGGGACAGUACGAUGGGAACUUGCAUUGUGUCUUCUUCUAUCUUGGGUCAUCUGCUACUUUUGUAUUUGGAAAGGAGUGAAGUCCACGGGCAAGGUUGUAUACUUCACUGCAACGUUUCCAUUCCUCAUGUUGAUAAUACUUCUCAUUAGAGGCGUUACAUUACCAGGUGCUGUAGUAGGAAUCAAGUUUUAUUUGACUCCAGAUAUGGACAGACUUAGAGACCCACAAGUUUGGUUGGACGCAGGAACACAGAUUUUCUUUUCAUAUGCAAUCUGUCUUGGAGCGAUGGUGUCCCUUGGAAGCUACAAUAAAUAUAACAAUAAUUGUUACAAGGAUUGUGUUGCUCUCAGUCUUGUGAACUCUGGUACUAGUUUUAUCAGCGGAUUCGCAAUCUUUAGCGUUCUUGGAUUUAUGGCAGAAGAACAAGGCGUACAUAUAUCUAAAGUUGCAGAAUCAGGACCAGGGCUGGCUUUUAUUGCGUAUCCAAAGGCUAUAACACUGAUGCCAUUACCAACAUUGUGGGCGAUUUUAUUCUUCAUUAUGCUGCUUUUGCUUGGACUUGACAGUCAGUUUGUUGAAGUCGAAGGUUUUGUUACAUCGUUUGUUGAUCUGUAUCCAAAUCAGCUUCGUCGAGGACACAAUCGUGAGAUUUUCAUCGGCAUUGUAUGCGCCGUCUCAUAUCUCAUAGGAUUACUUAUGGUCACCAAUGGAGGAAUGUAUGUUUUCCAACUUUUUGAUUACUACGCAGCAAGUGGAGUUUGUCUUUUGUGGGUUGCGUUCUUUGAAGCAAUCGCAAUUGGCUGGAUUUAUGGAGCUGAACGAAUGUGGACAAAAAUCACAGAUAUGAUCGGAUACCGUCCAUUUCCCGUGAUAAAAUACCUCUGGAUUAUAUGCACACCUCUUCUCACAACUGGUACAUUCAUCUAUUCAAUGGUCAAUUUCAAGCCCCUUGUUUAUAACAACGUAUAUGUAUAUCCAGCAUGGGGUGAAGGAAUUGGAUGGGUUCUUGCUUUGAGUUCGAUUGUUUUUAUACCAGGAUUUGCCAUCUAUAAACUCCUUACAACAUCUGGAACAUUAACGGAGCGCUGGGAAUAUUUAACAACUCCUAGACUCCGUUCAAACCAUCCGGACUUCGGUGAGGACAAAGCCGAUGAACUAUCAAAGAUAAGAUAUGACGUUUGUGAUGGAAAUGAUUGGAUACCUACAGAUAAGAAAGCCCCCGACAAUAUAUCUGAUCCUGAAUCCCUCCCACCUGCGUACUCCACUGAAUUUUAAAAACUUUUUUUUAUUUUUUUGUGAUAUUUUUGUUGGUAAUUCAUGAAAUACCUUACUUUUCACUCCACAUUAAUCUCAAAUCCCUCGAUUGAUCACCUAAUUGUGGUCUAGCAAAUAUAAGUAUGGCUGAAACGUAAACACAUUUACAGUAUAUACGUACCAAAGAAAUCCACAUGGUAGAAAAAUAUUGACUUAUUUUCAAAUGUUGUGGCUAUUUUAGACAGUUUCACAUCUCUGAAAAUUAUUGUCUCGGAUAUUUUUUUGUAGUUUGAAGAUUUUCGGGCUUUACUGCCUUCUAAGACUAACAACUCUCCUUAAGCUAUUUAUCUCGCCACGCAAGAACCUUUUUCUAAUCAAAAUAUACAUUUGAAGACGAAUCGUUCACAUUCGAAUUUGAAGUUGUUAUUAAAUACUAUUUCUUCAACGUUUAUUCUCACUGUACUAAUUCAAAAUACACGUAGUGAAAAUUCGUUAAAGUGACUUAUAAUAUUUUUUGCUAGCAUCCCAUAGUAACUUUUCUAUAUGCCCACUUUCUUCUAUACUUAAACGGGUCUAGAAGGAACUGCUUGGCUGGAAAAUAUCAACUUGUUUCCUGUUUUUUCGCAUACUACACACUCGAAUUACUUUUCGUAUGACCGUAUCACCAAGGGCAUAUAAUAAAUAAUUAGUAUAUUUCAUUUAGAUACGAUAAAAACAGUCAUUAAAUGCGUUUUAUAAAGGUAGCUUAUCCAUAAUUUCCAGAUAUAUUUUUUGCAAACUUGCGGUUCAUCCACGUUUUUCCAUGUAUUAUUAUCCUAAUUUCAAUAACUAAAAAAAAUUCUUUACUAUUAGAGACCAUUAACACGUUCGAAUUUGUGGCAGAAAAUUUUUCACCUGAUCAUAAUUCUUCAUAUUUUUCUCAGCUCAAUUUCCAUACUCUUCAAUAUAUGUCAUUUUGUACCAUAGCAACAGUUGAAUAGAUUUACCGUGCUUUUAUAAAUAAAGACGAAGUAGCUUA